CUUUAUUUUCCGGUGGCGUUCAAUGACCUGCAUGGAGCCGCAGACCAAGCCACAUGGAGUUGGGCUUUUUCUGGAGCUAAGAAAACGGCUACAGAGCGGACUCCUCAUUGUGGGGAAAGAUGUGGCUGGAAGCCCUGCCGAGGUGCUUGUGACAGGCGGAGAUUCCACUCUUCACAUCCGGACUCCCAGAGGCGAGCUAAGCUUGGCGCUGCCAGCAGGAGUCAACCAUGAGCAGGGAUCCUGCAUGCUGACACCCAGCGGAGAGCUCUGCGGAGACGAGCUGCAUUUCCGACUGGGCAUCAGUGUAAACCAAAGUGCAGAUGAAGAGGCUUCGGACGGCAUGAUGGAGAGACUCAGGGCAAAAGAGAGUUAUUGCUUCUGCUGCCAGAGCUGCAAGACCAGGCUGCUGGAGGACAGAGUGUUUAAGCGUGUGCUUCCUCUCCCCAAUGGCAAUUGGAAUGCUAUUGUGAGUGACUGGUGUUGCCACCCAGAUCCGUUCGCUAACAAGAAGUUGUUGCCUCGAGCAGAGGACUGUUUGCUGGGUGACACCUUCUUUCUUCUGGUCAGAGACGGUAGCUGUGAACACACUCUCACUGAGGAAGUAAGCUCUGUCAGCGCAGAAGGCAGCCAGGAUUCAAAGAAACCGUGCCACAGACUAGUGCUCAUCUCCUGUAAGAGCUGCUCAUCGGUACUGGGAGAGGCUGUUGCACCAGGGACCCUGAAACUGUACAUCACGCAGGUCAUAGUGGAGCCCAGUGUGGGAGACAGGAAGUCAGAAGCUCUGCUAAACAGAUCUCUUUUCCUGGAGAAAACUCUAGCAGCCCGGCUACUGACGCUGUCCAACUCUCUGAGCACCUUCCACUUCUCUAUCCAGUCUCCUGAUGAAAAAGCCUUCUUACUGCUCUGGCUGCUGAACAGCGACUCCAUCAUAGCGUCAGUCCCAGAGACGUCUGUUGAGGGCGAGAGGUCUAUCAGCCUCCCCGCUCUUCACAGUCCAUCACCCACGGCUGCCAGAGCCCUCAAACUCCUCUACAUCGCCUGCUCUGACAGAGGCAUCCUGCAGAGAGAUGUUGUAACUAGCUGGGAGGUCAAUGCUAUCGGCCAUCCUCUGGUCCUGCCACUGAAGGUGUGUGAGGAGCUGCUGAAGCUGCUGGAGGACAGCAACUCUUCACUUCCCCCAUCACUGCGGCGCAUGAGGUCGUACGAGGUGGCAUACUUGAAGCUGUGAUGUCAAACCCCAGUGACCAGGAGGUCAAGACUUCACUUAUUCAGUCUUGGAGGAUAAUUAAAGAAGACCUUGGACGGCUGACAGAGCAACUUCAUGCAUAUGAACGUGUAUAUUUUUGUAUAUGUGUUUUGUUCACUUGGCAUGCAAGUCGAGUUUUUAUUUCUGGUUGGUUCUCUCAACCUGUUUGGCAGUGUGCCAUGACAGCCUCAACAUGUUGAAUCCAGUAAAUCUAAAUCUUAAGAACAAAGCAAGAGCAGUUCAUAAAAAUUGUUAAUUGCCCAAUUUCUUUUAUUAAUUGUAAUAGAUAAUUAAAUGUACUAUAACUGUUGAGAAGCCUAUAUAUUUACAUUCUGCAUUCCAAAGCUUUUGUAUGUUUGUCAUCAAUCUUAAAAAAAAAAAAAGAUUAAACCUUUUGUUUGAAAGUA